AUGGCAGAAUACGAAGCAUCCAUCAUGGGUAUCUGUGCAGCCAUAGAAUGCAAAAGCAAAGUACUACAGGCAUAUGGGGAUUCUGCAUUAGUGAUCUAUCAACUCAAGGGCGAAUGGGAGACAAGAGAUCCCAUGUUUAUUGAGUAUAGAGGGCUGGUCAUGGAGUUAAUUAAAGAGUUUGAUGACAUCACCUUCUGCUACCUCCCGCGAGAUGAAAAUCAAAUGGCUGACGCACUGGCUACCUUAGCUUCUAUGGUCAAAGUGAACAAACAAGAGGAUGUAAAACCUAUCCAGAUGAGUAUUUAUGAGGCUCCGACCUAUUGUUACAACAUCGAGGAAGAAGAAAAGGAUGACCACCUUUGGUAUCACAAUAUACUGAGAUAUGUAAAGAACCAUAAAUACCCGAAGCAGACAACUGAUAAUGAUAAAAGAAUGCUAAGAAGACUGGCCAAUAACUAUGUCUUAGCCGGGGAGAUCUUAUAUAAAAGAAGAAAGGAGCAGGUGCUACAAAGAUGUAUGAAUGCUGUUGAGGCCAAACAAAUCUUAGAAGAGGUGCAGCAAAGUAGGUUUCAGGUCUCAAGCGCCGAGUGCGCUGUGGAGGCACAUGGAGGGCGUGUCCCAGAGUGGUUAGGCUGUUAUGCCCCAGUAGCUCCGCAAGAUGCGGACAUGUUUAGAAGAAAUAAGCCUCCGGUAGAUAAGAUCCGGAAACAAGGGGCCAAGGAAUUCCGAGCUAGCAUAGAUGAUGACCCGGAGUGA